AUGAAGUGGCUGAUCCUCGCCUUGGUGUGUCUCCACCUCUCAGAGGGGAUGGUGAGAAUCCCCCUGAAGAAAUUCAAAUCCAUGCGGGAGGUGAUGAAGGAGAAGGGCGUACUCAGGGACUACCUGAAGAACCACAAGUAUGACCCAGCCAGCAAGUACUUCAACAACUUUGCUGUUGCCUAUGAGGCCCUGGUUAACUACCUGGAUAUGUCCUACUAUGGGGCAAUCAGCAUUGGAACCCCACCCCAGAGCUUCCUGGUUCUCUUCGACACCGGCUCCUCCAACCUGUGGGUGCCCUCGACGUACUGCCAGAGCCAGGCCUGCACCACCCACACUCUGUUCAACCCCAAUGACUCCUCCACUUACUCUUCCAAUGGACAGACCUUCUCUCUGCAGUACGGCAGUGGCAGUCUCACUGGAGUCUUUGGCUAUGACACCGUGACAAUCCAGGACGUUUCCAUCACAAAACAGGAGUUUGGCCUGAGUGAGACUGAGCCUGGCACCGACUUUGUCUAUGCUCAGUUCGAUGGGAUCCUCGGUCUGGGUUUCCCUGCCAUUGCUGCUGGCGGUGCCACUACUGUGAUGCAAGGUCUGAUCCAGGAGAACCUCAUCAGUGCCCCGCUCUUCAGCUUCUACCUGAGUGGGCAAGAGGGCGUUCAGGAUGGUGGUGAACUUCUCUUUGGAGGGAUUGACUCCAAUUUGUACUCUGGUCAGAUUGUCUGGACGCCUGUCACCCAGGAUGCUUAUUGGCAAAUUGGAAUUGAAGGUUUCUCUGUUGCCGGACAGUCCACUGGCUGGUGUAGCAGUGGCUGCCAGGGGAUUGUGGACACUGGAACUUCCCUCCUCACUGCUCCACAGGCGGUUUUUUCGCAGUUGAUGGAGGACAUUGGCGCUCAGGAGAACAGCGAUGGAGAGUACAUGGUUAGCUGCAGCAGCAUUGACAGCAUGCCUACCAUCUCCUUCACCAUCAGUGGAACCAGCUUCCCGCUGAGCCCCUCUGCCUACGUGCUCCCGAGCAAAAGCACCGAGUGCGUUGUGGGCAUCUCACCCACUUACCUGCCAUCCCCGAACGGGCAGCCCCUCUGGAUCCUGGGUGACGUCUUCCUCAGGGCAUAUUACUCUGUUUAUGAUGUAGGCAAGAGUCAGGUGGGCUUUGCCCCAGCAGCGUAA